AUGUUGUCAAUUGUGCACCAACGAUCGCUGGAAUUUUUCGGUCUUGAGCUGCGUCUUCGGUUUGGGUCUCUUGAUCAUGAUGCUGCAAUUGCAAAUGUGUUUAAGGCAGAGUGGCUAGAAAUUACGCUGCUAAAUUGCUGGGCUCAUCUUGCACGCAAGACCGGCGAGAAGGAGUCAAUUUUGAAAUCGCCCAGUUUUAUAUCGGGCGUUGCCCGUGUGUGUCUAGACUAUUUGCACGAAGCCCGAAGCCCUGCUCAAUUUUCGGCUAUGCGUGAUAUAGUAAUUGCACAUUGGAGAGCGUGUGGAGAAGAAGCAUACGCGACAUGGUUGGAAGCUGAGUAUCUGUCCACGAAUUGGUAUCGUUGGUAUCGCGUGUCAAGUGGAGUUGCCGGUGUUCUCAGAAUCCCAUUGAGUCGCAUCACCGCAGCCUCAAGAAAAGUGCUAUUCAAUCGCUACGUGCAUCUACAGCUCGUGUGUUAA